AUGGUGGCCACCGUGCUGCCCCCCACAUGUGCUCAGUCCACUGUGUUCUCGACUCCCCCUCGGAAAGGAAGCCCAGAGAGGGAGGCUCUGGGCAGCAGCUUUUGGGCAAGGUGGCUCCAGGCCUCAGUGAGCGUCGCGGACGUAGCGGUAGAGUUCACACAGGAAGAGUGGGCGCUUCUGGUGCCAUCCCAGCGCGCCCUGUACCGGGACGUGAUGUUGGAAACCUGCAGGAACCUGGCUGAGCUGGGUUACCGAGUGGACCAGCCCAGUCUCAUCUCCCGGCUGGCGCCAGAACACAAGAAGGUGCCGGAGGAGAGAGAGCAGCUCCCAGGCACGUGCUCAGGUCUGGAGACUGUCCGUCAGGCCAGCUGGUCGGGCCCUGAGAAACGCACUUUUAGGAAAGAACGUUCUGUUCGCGUGAAGGAGCCACCGCAGCGGAGCCACCGGGCCGCACAGCCCAACGCGUGCGUCCAGUGCUCCAAGGUGUUCAGCACCAAGUCGAACCUGACGCAGCACCAGCGCACGCACACGGGCGAGAAGCCGUACCCGUGCGGCCAGUGCGCCAAGGCCUUCAGCAGCCGCUCAUACCUCACCAUCCACCGGCGCAUCCACAACGGCGAGAAGCCCUACGCCUGCCGCGCCUGCGGCAAGGCCUUCAACGACCCGUCGUCGCUGCGGCUGCACGGGCGCAUCCACACGGGCGAGAAGCCCUACGCCUGCGGCCAGUGCGCGCACGUCUUCCGCACCAGCUGCAACCUGCGCAGCCACCAGCGCGUGCACACGCGCGGGGACCGCCACCGCUGCGGCCAGUGCGGCAAGGCCUUCAGCACGCGCUCGUCGCUGGCCGGCCACAGCAGCAUCCACACGGGCGAGAAGCCCUACGGCUGCCCGGCGUGCGGCAAGGCCUUCCGCAAGGGCUCCUACCUCACGCAGCACCUGCGCACGCACACGGGCGAGAAGCCCUACGCCUGCGGCCAGUGCGCCAAGGCCUUCAGCAGCAGCUUCUCGCUGACCGUGCACCAGCGCAUCCACACGGGCGAGAAGCCCUACGCCUGCGGCCAGUGCGCCAAGGCCUUCAACAACCUGUCGGCCGUCAAGAAGCACGUGCGCACGCACACGGGCGAGAAGCCCUACGCCUGCGGCCAGUGCGGCAAGGCGUUCACCACCAACUCCUACCUCUCGGUGCACAAGACCACCCACAGCAGGUGGAGCUGAGGCCCCCUACCGCUGGGCUGGCACCGUCCCUUCCAGCAGGCCAGUGCCGGGAUGUUGGA